GGCGCCGGCCUUUCAAGUACGUACCCAAGGAUUCUUAACUUUGAGCUCAUGGCCAUAUGUAUAUGAAAGCAACAAACCAAAACCAUUUGUUUCCUAACUUUGUAUAUCAAAGUAAAUAAUUAGGUGGCUAUAAAUACCGGAGGCCUAAAGGCAACAGCUGAGUGUUUUUUCUGGCCCCGAUCAGGAAAACAAAUAGGUAUCAAGAAUCUGAAGAAUUAAUUAUGGCAAAGGAAGAGCAAAGUCGCAGCAGGGAGCAAAGAUGGACUCUCCAAGGAAUGACGGCGCUGGUCACCGGCGGCACCAAAGGAAUUGGAUACGCGAUAGUUGAAGAGCUUGCUGGAUUCGGUGCUACGGUAUAUACUUGUUCGAGAAACCAGGCUGAACUUAGUGAAAGGCUUAAAGAAUGGGAAGGCAAAGGGUUCAAAGUGAAGGGUUCUGCAUGCGACUUGUCCUCCAGCCCGCAACGAGAGGAGCUCAUCCAAAGUGUCUCCGCAGCCUUCGAUGGCAAGCUCAAUAUUCUUGUGAAUAAUGCUGCAAUGAGUCUGCUGAAACGAGCUAGUGAUCAUACGGCUGAAGAUUACAGGCGUAUAAUGGAGACGAACUUGGAGUCCCCAUAUCAUAUCUGCCAACUGGCUUACCCUCUUCUUAAAGCAUCUGGAUUGGGAAAUAUCGUCUUCAUUUCUUCUGUUGCUGGUGGAGUUGCACUCCCUGCUAUUUCUGCUUAUGCUGCAUCUAAAGGUGCCAUAAAUCAACUCACAAAAAAUUUAGCAUGCGAAUGGGCUAAGGACAACAUUCGCACCAAUACUGUAGCACCAUUUGGAGUUAGAACCUCCAUCCUCAAACCUGAGGACAUAGAUCCAUCAAUUCUGGAAAUGUUUAUCCCGUUAAUGGGUCGGACUCCUAUUGGACGAAUAGCAGAGCCUGAGGAAGUUUCUUCGCUGGUUACAUUCCUUUGCCUUCCGGCUGCUUCCUACAUCACCGGACAGGUUAUUUAUGUCGAUGGAGGAUUUACGGCAGGCAGCUUCUAGCUGGCAGACUUUGCUGGAUUUAAUUACUUGAUUAUAUCAAUCCUGGAUUUUCAGUUUGUGAAAAUAAUGCAUGUUACAUGAUUUUUUAUGCCAAGAUAUGUAAAUUUUUAAAAGACUGUUAUAGUGUUUUAAUUUGUGGCAUCAGCUUCUUACCAUUUGCAUGCCGUAUGAUGUAAUUAAUUAAACAACAACUUCCGACUGAGAACAAGUGAAUAUCAAUUUCCUGGA